AUGCUUUAACCACUAAAAGAAGAAGAAUUAAAUGAAAUUUAUACAUGGGUCGAUUAAAUACCUCUCAGUAGACCAAAAAAGAAUAUAGCAAGAGAUUUCGCUGAUGGCAUAUUGAUGGCUGAAAUAAUGCAUUAUUUUCUACCUAAAUUGGUUGAUGUAUUAAUGAUUUGAAUUUGAUCAGAUGCAUAAUUACAGUCAAGCUAAUUCUGUUAAAUAGAAAAAGUAUAAUUGGGAUACAUUAAACACAAAAGUAUUCAAAAGAAUUGGCUUUACUCUCUCCAAGUAUAAAUUUGAAUAUUUAAUAUAGAGAAUAAGUUGAUAGUGUGAUUUCAUGCUAAUCUGAAGCAGUUGAGAGAGUAUUAAAGUUUGUUUAAGCUAAAUUGGAAUACUAUUUAGAAAACAAUACUAAUUCUGCUGAGAAACAACCUCAAUAAGCAGACAGUCAAAUUGCACCACCACCAUUAUUAGCAAACGAAUGGUAAAAAGAUUAACAAAUUUUUGAAUUGCGUGAAACCAUUGAGGUUAUAAUUUCAUUAUUAUUUUACAAUUCUAGGUAUUAGAAUAAAAAUUGCAUCGCAUGGAUGAACUCAUGAAAUAAAAAGAUGCUAAAAUAUUGAGGUAUUAAUAAUUGCUAUAAUAAAAUGGUUUAUUAUGAA